GAUGGAAACAUCCCUAUCAAUCCCAGUGCCCCCUACGGUUGCGGACACGCUCCUUUGUCUUGUGGGAAAUGUAGGCAGUGACUGCUUUGAAACCUCAGCAGCAUGGCAGAUGCCAGAGAGGGCUCACGUGGUUGUGAAAACCGCACGGAUUCAGAGGAAGAUAAAUGCUCCGAUAAUGAUUUUGAAUCGUCUAAACUCGGGACCAAAGAAUAUUUCAAUGGUUGCCUUAUUGUGCAGUUGGGAGGAAGCCUACCAAAAAGAACUAGAGACGUUUAAAGACAUUGGAGACGUUGGCGAAAUAUGGUUUGGUGAGGAAAGCAUGAGCCGUGUCCUGCGAUGGAUGGACAAAGCUAAGAUCCCUGAGGAUGCUGGCAUUCUUGACAUUGGGACUGGAAAUGGGGCCUUCUUGGUUGAACUGGCAAAACAUGGGUACAGGAACCUUACUGCUAUAGAUUAUUCCCCUGCGUCAGUAGAACUGGCCCGAAACAUUCUGCAGGCACAGGGCUUGACUGAUGUCACUGUAAAGGAGACUGAUUUCUUGAGCUGCAGAGGAGAACUCACAGGUUUUGAUGUCUGCAUCGACAAAGGAACCUUUGAUGCAAUUAGUUUAAACCCUGACAACAACAAGGAGUGCAAAAAACUGUAUGUUCAUACGCUAAAAGAUGCUCUCAAAGACAAUGGGAUCUUUGUCAUCACUUCCUGUAAUUGGACAAAAGAGCAGCUGCUGGAGAGAUUCUGUGAAGGAUUUCAAUUUGUGGAGGAGUUGCCUACUCCCAGUUUCCAGUUUGGAGGAAAAACUGGAAAUAGUGUGGCAGCACUCAUCUUCAAGAGAGUACAUUGAUUCAGGUUGCACAAGUGAAUGUUUUUCUUUUUUUAUUUACAAUGUAUUUUUUUCUGUUUGACACAAGAUGUUUUAUUCUGAUCUUUUGUACAAGACCUGACUAUAACAUGUUGCACUAAAGCAACUGCACAGUAAUUGACUGGGACACAGAGUUUCUGUUGCAUUUACUGCACUUGUGUUUUUUAAUAACUUUUAGUUUGAUUGUUGUAUACUAGUGUUUGACUUUAAGCAUGCAAUAUUUUGUUUUAAGUAAUAAAAAAUAAUUUCCGUUAUCUUGACUUUUUAUGAUCCAAGAGAAGACAAGAUUUCGUUUUUCAAGCUGGGGUUUUCAACAAUCCGUUCACAUUUUUGCUGAAUAAUAUUCCUCAUUCUAAUAAAGCAUCAUGCAAUCCCUAA